GUACGAAACAAAAGCGGGAACGGAAGAAGACUGUGUCAUUUAGCAGUAUGCCAACUGAGAAGAAGAUCAGCAGUGCAAGUGACUGUAUAAACGCAAUGGUUGAAGGCUCUGAGCUCAAAAAGAUUCGAUCCAACUCUAGGGUGUAUCACCGAUAUUUUCUUUUAGAUGCAGAUAUGCAGUCUCUACGCUGGGAACCUUCAAAAAAGGAUUCUGAAAAAGCAAAGAUUGAUAUUAAAUCAAUCAAAGAAGUAAGAACAGGAAAAAAUACAGAUAUUUUUCGCAGCAAUGGGAUAUAUGACCAGAUAUCAGAAGACUGUGCAUUUUCAAUUAUAUAUGGAGAAAACUAUGAGUCACUAGAUCUUGUUGCUAAUUCAGCAGACAUUGCAAAUAUUUGGGUUACUGGCUUAAGAUACCUGAUUUCUUACGGAAAACAUACUCUAGAUAUGAUAGAAAGUACUCAAGAUAAUAUGCGGACUUCAUGGCUUUCACAAAUGUUCAGUGAAUCAGAUGUAGAUAAUUUGGGACAUAUACCCCUGUGUAAUGCUGUACAGUUUAUAAAAGACUUAAAUCCUGGUUUAAAAACUAAUAAAAUUGAACUGAAAUUCAAGGAGUUACAUAGAUCCAAGGAGAAAACUGGUACUGAAGUAACAAAAGAAGAGUUUAUUGAAGUUUUUCAUGAGCUUUGUACCAGACCUGAAAUCUAUUUCCUGUUGGUUCAGUUUUCAAGCAAUAAAGAAUUCCUAGAUACCAAGGACCUCAUGAUGUUUUUAGAAGCAGAACAGGGUAUGGCACACGUUACGGAAGAAAUAAGCCUGGAAAUUAUUCACAAAUACGAGCCAGCCAAAGAGGGGCAGGAAAAGGGUUGUCUUUCUAUAGAUGGGUUUACGAAUUACCUUACUUCACCAGACUGCCACAUAUUUGAUCCCGAACAUAAAAAAGUUUGUCAAGAUAUGAAACAGCCUUUAUCUCAUUAUUUUAUAAAUUCAUCUCAUAAUACAUACUUGAUAGAGGAUCAGUUUCGAGGGCCUUCUGACAUCACAGGCUACAUUCGUGCUCUUAAAAUGGGUUGUCGCAGUGUUGAACUGGAUGUAUGGGACGGCCCGGAUAACGAGCCUGUGAUUUACACAGGGCAUACAAUGACAUCACAGAUUGUCUUCCGUAGCGUGAUUGACAUUAUUAACAAGUAUGCAUUUUUUGCUUCAGAAUACCCUCUUAUUUUGUGUUUAGAAAAUCAUUGUUCCAUUAAACAGCAGAAAGUGAUGGUACAACACAUGAAGAAAAUUUUGGGGGACAAACUACAUACGCAGUCUCCAAACAUUGAGGAGUCUUACCUUCCAUCACCAGAAUCACUUAAAGGGAAAAUACUGAUUAAAGCAAAGAAGCUUUCCUCCAAUUUUUCUGGACUAGAGGGAGAUGUUACAGAUGAAGAUGAAGGAGCAGAAAUGUCACAGAGAGUGGGGAAAGAAGGGGUGGAACAGCAGAACUCAAUGACAGGGAAACGGUUUCAGCUCUGCAAAGAACUCUCGGAGUUGGUAAGCAUAUGUAAGUCAGUUCAGUUCAAAGAGUUUCAAGUUUCAUUUCAGCUCCAGAAGUACUGGGAAGUGUGCUCCUUUAAUGAAGUGCUUGCUAGCAAGUACGCCAAUGAAAACCCGGGAGACUUUGUCAAUUAUAACAAACGUUUUCUUGCGAGGGUUUUCCCCAGUCCUAUGAGGAUUGACUCCAGUAAUAUGAAUCCCCAGGACUUCUGGAAAUGUGGUUGUCAGAUAGUAGCAAUGAACUUCCAAACGCCUGGCUUAAUGAUGGAUCUUAACAUUGGUUGGUUUCGACAGAACGGAAACUGUGGCUACGUCCUUCGUCCCGCUAUUAUGAGAGAAGAAGUGUCCUUCUUCAGUGCGAAUACAAAAGACACCGUGCCUGGAGUUUCGCCUCAGCUGCUUCAUAUUAAAAUCAUUAGUGGGCAAAACUUUCCUAAACCCAAAGGAUCAGGUGCCAAAGGUGAUGUUGUGGAUCCUUAUGUCUAUGUUGAAAUACAUGGAAUCCCUGCAGACUGUGCAGAGCAAAGGACUAAAACUAUGCAUCAGAAUGGAGAUAAUCCAAUUUUUGAUGAAAGCUUUGAAUUUCAAAUAAAUUUACCGGAACUAGCUAUGGUGCGUUUUGUUGUGCUGGAUGAUGAUUACAUUGGGGAUGAGUUUAUUGGGCAAUACACUAUUCCCUUUGAGUGUCUACAGACUGGUUAUCGGCACGUUCCUCUACAGUCUUUAACUGGUGAAAAUUUAGCACAUGCAUCCUUGUUUGUGCACGUGGCCAUUACUAAUCGAAGAGGUGGUGGGAAACCUCAUAAGCGGGGCCUCUCUGUGAGGAAAGGCAAGAAAUCAAGGGAAUAUGCUUCCAUGAGAACAUUAUGGAUUAAAACAAUAGAUGAAGUGUUCAAGAAUGCUCUCCAACCUAUUCGGGAUGCCACGGAUUUGAGAGAGAAUAUGCAGAACGCAGUAGUUUCAUUCAAAGAAUUAUGUGGCCUCUCUCCUGUAGCAAAUCUUAUGCAGUGCAUUUUGGCAGUGUCUAUGCGCUUGGUUGGGCCUGAUAAUACACCCUUGGUAGUACUGAAUCUCAAUGAUCAGUAUCCAACUAUGGAGCUCCAAGGGAUUGUUCCAGAGGUCUUGAAAAAGAUUGUAACAGCAUAUGACAUGAUGAUUCAGACCAUCAGGACUCUAGUUGAAAAUACAGAUAGCUUAUAUGAGAAGAUAGUACAGUGUCAGAAAGCAG